GCCGGUGCCCCCCUGUCCAGCCGUCCCCCUGUCCUGCCAGGGGGUGUCCUGAGCUGGCUCCAGAGCUGAAUGACCCCCCCCUUCCUCAACUGGUCCUCAGUAUAAAUCCCCAGGAGUGACCCCCAGACACAAGCCGGGAACCUUCCUUGCUGGAACCAUGCAGCUCCUGGCCUGGCUGACCUGUCUCUCCGGCCUCCUGGGUGCCGGAGUGGCCGGCCGAAACCUGCCAGCCGAGCGAGGUUGUUGCAAGAGACAAAGCCGCCUGGUCUUCCUCGGACACGAUCUUUCGGGCAGCCCCGUGAGCGUUGAUGUGGGGCUGUGCAGGAGCCUGCGUGGCAGGGGGAAAUCCUCCCCUUCAGGAUGUCCAGGUCUUCCCAGAGAGCUUUCCCUGUUGAACUUCCACCAGACCCUCAAGGAGAGGCCCUCGCAGUGGCCAGCCAGGCCCAGGGGAGACCCCCACUCCGAAGGCUGCUGCCCACCCGGCUCCCGCUGCGAGCCCAGCCGCCUCCUGGUGCAGGACCGCUGGCUUCGGGACGGCCCUCGGCAGGUGGAAGUGGUGGACGGCUGCCAGUGCAAUGCCAGGCCAGACGAAUGCCUCCGGUCACCAGCCCUGAAGACCUUCUUUCCCGACUCCCCUCUGGAGCAGACCCUGGACGUGGGCAGGUGUGCCGGCCCCCCACCCGCCCCAGGUGGGUCCUUCUGCGUGCCAACGGCGUUCGACUCGGUCCUCCUGCAGGGCCCCAACGGGAAGCGCCUGGUCCAGAUGCUGGGGGGCUGCCAGGGCCAAGGGGCCUCUUGCUACCGGGUGCCCCACUGGGAACAUUACUCGGAGGUGGUGCUGAACGCCGAAGGGAGGAAGAGAGAGCAACGGAAGGUCUGUUCUUCCUCUGUGCCUCCCCGUUGCCCCCUGCCCCAGUUUUCCCCCAAGGGGAGCCAGGGGGGGGUGAGAGCCGCUGCCAGUCACUGCAUCCCUCAUGGCUACGAGACCAAGACUUUCCAAAGCCGGACUGGGGAGCUACGCACCAUUUUUGUCAUCCGGACGUGCAAAUGUGGACCCAAACGCUCAGGAGCCGCCAGGCUGCCUCACCUGUGGAGCCGAAAGAAUUGAAGGGAGCAGCCGCGGCCUGCUCCUCCCUCCCAAGAGUGCCUGUACCACCCUGGAAAGAGAGAGAGAGACGGUGUAUAAAUAAAAUUUAUGCAGAACGGGAGGGCCCAGCUGGUGGGUUUUGCCUCCCGGACACAAUCAUAUCACGGAGCAAAAGUUCCAGGGGGAUUUUGCUUGCAACUCCAGCCGGGCUGCGUUUCCUCCUUGGGGGGCUGCAAAGACCGAGGCUGGGGCAGGCUGCCUUUUGCUCUGUCCCGAAGUGCGAUUGUCCUUCACGGGGUAACCCAAAUCUAGCUCUAUUCACACAACCUCUUCCUCCAGGUUUAAUCCAGGGCCGAUGGCUGAAUUUGCACAGCAAUCCAAAUUGGGCUAAUUCUAACCAAAGGGGGCCAGAACAUCACGAUGGCAGCCCAGAAUGCAUCAUCGAAGCCCCCUGACCCAUAUAUACAUUGCCUGGUGUGGGGUCUCUUCGGUUUUGGGGAGCCUGAGAUUUGAUAAACCUUUGGGCUGAAGGCUGGACUGGGGAUGGCUGCCUGCAGCAAAAUUAAACAUGGGCAGCCUCAAGACACCCCCAAGUUUUAUUUCUUAUUUCUCAUUAAAC